GCGGGCGACGGGCUGAUGGCGGAGCCGGGCCCUGAGGAGGAGGAGCUGGCGCACGCCGAGGUGCUCGAGCUGUUCCAGGAGGGGCUGGCCCGCCUCGUGCAGGACCCGCUGCUGUGCGACCUCCCCGUGCAGGUGACCGUGGAGGAGAUCAAUUCUCAAAUUGCGCUGGAGUAUGGCCAAGCCAUGACUGUGCGAGUGUGCAAGGCGGAUGAAGAAGUGAUGCCUGUAGUAGUGGUACAGAAUGCCAGUGUCCUGGACCUGAAGAAAGCCAUCCAGCGAUAUGUGCAGCUGAAGCAGGAGCGGGAAGGGGGCAUACAGCACAUAAGCUGGACCUAUGUAUGGAGAACAUAUCACUUAACCUUUGCUGGAGAGAAAAUGACAGAUGACAAAAAGAAGCUGCGAGACUCCAGGUGCAGCAUUCCCUCUGCCAGAAAAGGACUCAGUCCAGGCCAUUACUGCAGCAGGACCAGCAUCUUUCCAGAAGAGAAACUUGUGGCAUUUCAAAGCAGAGCAGAUGCAGGAGGUGAUGAAAAUUCUUGUAUAGGUUAGUGUUUGAAUGUGGUGGUUGCUUUUGCUGUGCCCUAGCUAUGAAGGGCAAAUGGUGCACGCUGAUGCUUUUUGGAGCCCUCUGAAGUUCUGUCUGCCAGAACUUGAUGCCACCAUAGGUACAACCAGAAAUAAAGGACUCAGACUAAUAAUUUA